AAGUAGACGUCCAAAACAAAUUUUCAUCAGAAGAGUAACAACCUAAGCAGUAAAAACUUAAGUAGCAUUGUUAUUGUUUGCUGUAAUACAGUUCAUUUGGUUUAAAACCAAAUAGAUUAAUUUUUCUUUGUUACUGAAAUCGCUAUUUAUUUUAAAUCGAGAUGCAAGCUGGACGAAAGAUGAAUCUCAAGGACAACAGCAAAACUUGUUUUGAAUGUGAAAAUCGAUACAAAGAGGAGCUGAAGCAAGCAAGAGCUGAACUGAAGAAGAUAUCUGAAGAAUUUAAAGCAAGUGAAUAUCGAUACAAACUGGAGCUAAAACAAACAAGAGCUGAACUUGAAAAACACAAGACUUCCAGGCCCUUUAAAGAAAGAGAAAAAAAAUACAGGAAUGAGCUGAAAAAAACAAGAGUUCAACUUGAACAAUGCAAGAAGAAUUAUGAGUCCUGCAAAGCAAGGAUGGCUUCUGAUGCGGUUCUCGACAUGGGAAGCAGCGGAGCUUUAACUGAGGACCUUAAUAAUCCUUGCAGAGAAACCGAGCUAAAGAAGAUGUAUGAUAAAUUGAGACUACAAAUGCUGGCAAAAUAUAUAAUGGAAAUUAAAAAGAAAUCAAAGACAGACAAAACCAUAAAUGAAACAAAAGAAAAGGAAAGGCUUAAAGCAAUGCUGAAGAACAUUUUCACUAAAGCUCAACAAGACAUGACUGAAAAGAAAGAUUUUCUAUCCUUUUUUCAAGCUGACCAUAAAACAGAGGAGGGUGAAAAACAAGAGCUAGUAAAAACACAAGACAAAAAUACAAAACAGCAAAAGAAGAAACUUAAAUACAUCGAAUUGGCUCUCCAAAAUCUGCAAAUGAUAAUAUUUCAUGAAGAGGCUAGAAAUCUCCAGACCAUGUACAAGCAACCUGACCCUCUGUGUGAGCUGGCUGAUGAAUGUUACAAGGUCGGCUGCCUGCUGGCUUUACACAAUCCACCUCUGCUGCUCGACUGGGAGAAAAAAGAGCCGUCAGAUUACCUGCCACCAAUUACGAUGGAAGACACAUCUGCAAAGACUUAAAAUCCAGCAUUAGAGAUAUUGUGUAUGUGACAAAAUUUGAAUUUGAAAUUUGAAUUUGAUAUUAGAGACUUCAUAUAACAGUUAAUACAUAUACAUAUAAUGUAGAGUGUAUACAUUAAACCAUUAUUGAACCAAUUUUACUGUGAUUAGUUUUGCUUAGUGUGUAUAUAUAUAUAUAUAUAUAUAUAUAUAUAUAUAUAUAUAUAUAUAUAUUCAAAAUUAUGUCCCUGCAUGACCUUCAGUCAUAUAUCUUGUGACACUUUUCUUUCUUGUGACUCUGUGUAAAUAUUCCAGUCUGCUCUGACAGUGAUAUUGAAUUUUGUUAGAUUACAAAUUUAUAAAAAUCCAAUAUAACAGUAUGUGCAUUGUGUUUUACAUUUUAUGGUAAAAAUGACAUUCUAAGAGUAAGCAGCCCAGGUGCUGAGACAUUAAGCUUUUGUCUUUAUGCAUUUCUAUCUGGCAGGUUCCCAAGUAAAAUGUAAAUGAUAAGCUCAUAAGCUCACACUUGCUGACUAGGUCAAGGCUGGGAAAAUUCUGUUACUGGGCUGAUUCUUGUACUGCGUUUGAAUGCUUUGUUUGGAUUGUCUGCACCUCUAUGUACCCCUCCACCCUGAAAGUUAUGUACUCUACUGUGCUGAGCCUUAGUCAGACUUCUGAUGACUGCAGCGACAAACAGUGAGCUCUCAAUAAAGAGUAAGUUCUGCUGAAAAGAUA